AUGACAUAUAGUGAACUGUUAAGAAGAAUUCCUCUGAGCAAUAAAGCAGGUGUGACGUACCCCGACCAGCUGCCUUCAUUGGUUGUGGUUCCAGAGUUAAGAGUUCCACCUAUCGCACCUGUCCAAGAAAUGUUCCAAGCCUGGUUAGAUGAAGUAGAUCAAGCUUUGAAGGAAGUAUCACAACGUCAAAACCGUGGAGAGCUCUGGAACCAGUGGUAUCGUGAGACAUAUUUGAGUAAGAAACCGAUGGGAAUCCAAAGCACAUUGUUGCCAUCGAAAAGAUAG